GUUUCGCCACAGAACAUUGAGGGAACGGCAGUUAAAGUGCGUGCAAUGCAACAUGAAAGUCAAGGUUUGACUCGAAAAUAAAAAAUUAAGGCUAAAAAUGUUUUACGUGAGAAAUGCAUUUUAAACGGAAAAGUCGUUGUUUUUUUAAUUCGAAUUAUGAGUUAAGCAGUUUCGAAUUAUUCUGUGUUUAUACGAGUAUUGCAUAAAAACAGUGUUGUGUCGUUUUUUUUUGUGCACAGUUAACUUCUUUAACGUAACCUCGUUUUUUUGUAAUUUUAAAAGUUGUAAAUUUUAUUUACAAAUUAUUUUCAGACAAUUAAAUAAUCACAAAAAUUUUAACUUACCGGUUCUUUCGUGUUUUGUUGACUUGAACUUUUGUUAUUUUGACUUACAAGUGAAGUUAAUUACGGUACAAUGGCAACGAGUCUGGUUGGCAUUCGAAGUCACUUAAAUGGAUACCCCGGAGUACCUACCAUGUUAUCGGAACUAACUGAAUUGCCAUCCAUUCAAUUGGGUGACUUUAAGCUGCAGUUUGAAUUGGGAGAGCCGACUGAUUUUGCAAAGGAGGUUGCAAUCAAAGAACUUAGAGAAACUCCAGAAAUAAAGAAAAAAGCUGUAGAAGAUUUGAAAAAAUUACUUGAAAAUGAAACAGAUUUAACAAUUCCAAAAGAUAAUGAAGAAUGGUUGGUGCGCUUUUUGAGGCCAUGCAAAUUUUAUCCAGAGAGUGCAAAAGACUUGAUAAAACGCUACUAUUCGUUUAAAGUAAAACACGCCGAUGUUUAUGAUGGGCUCCGUCCGACUAAAGAAGCUAACAUUUUUAAGCAUAAUAUACUUACUGUAUUUCCUAAUCGCGAUCAGCUCGGCCGACGUAUCCUACUACUUGAACUUGGCAAACGCUGGAAACACAAGGAAGUCACACUCGACGAAGUUUUCAAAGGUGCAGUUUUGUUCCUUGAAGCCGCCAUGUUAGAACCAGAAACACAAAUAAGUGGAGCCGUAGUUAUAUUUGACAUGGAUGGUUUGAGUCUGCAACAAACAUGGCAAUUUACACCACCUUUUGCUAAGCGUAUUGUCGACUGGUUACAAGAUUCGGUCCCGCUGCGUAUUAAAGCCAUUCAUAUAAUCAAUCAGCCAAAGAUCUUCAAUGUGGUAUUUGCUUUAUUCAAACCAUUCUUACGUGAAAAACUGCGCUCACGUAUAAUUUUCCACGGCACUGACAGAGACUCACUCCACAAACAUAUAUCAGCCAAAUGCUUGCCAGCAAUUUAUGGAGGAGUGUUGGAGAUUCCACGAGUCGAUGGCGAUCAAUGGUACAAGCUAUUGCUUUUGUGCGACCUGGAGUAUGAGGCCAUAAAUUCUUACGGUUACAAAAAUAAAAAGAAGUAAACCAUAUCUGACCAACGUCUAUGCAAAUUGCAAAAUAUUGGUGUUUCGUAUUAUUUAUCAAUUAAUGCAAUAGAUACUUUUUUUUUGUAAAUAUAUAUGUAACCCAUGUUAACUAUCUAACUAUCUAUUUUAGAUUUGGUUGAUAUCAGCACAAAUUUCUUAUUGCCUAAUUGUCUCACUGUGGCCCCUUGCCACUUUAAGUACUCAAUCGGUAUCUCAUGCUACUCAUUUAUGUUAGUGACUAAGUUUGUGUUUUGUUAUAUUUUAAUGUAUAUUGUAAUAUAUAUAAAGGGUACUUAGUUAUUCCUUCUCUUCAUUUUAAGUAAAUUACCUUUGUUUUUAAGUGAAUUUGUAGCUUCUGCAAAUAUAUUUUAUGCGCUAUAUUUGGGAUUUUAUUAAACUGCUAAAGUGCAGAAUUUAGGGGAGAAACAGUUUAUUUAGAUUUGUGAGUUAUUGUAGAUUUCAUAUUCGUAUAUAUGUUUUUAACUUAAAAAAAUAUGUUAUUAAAAAAAUAAAAUGUAAGCUUUAUCAAAAUAAU